GAACCAUGCAAGGCCCCUCACAGUAAGGGCCCACAGGCCAUCCAGUUCGCUUCUUCGGUACUUUUGGAAAUUUUCGUCGGAUUUCGCCUGUCGCGAGGAAGUGGGUAGCAGAAGUAAAAAUAAAACUAGAACGACAAUAACAAAACAAAGGAGAAGAAAAACAAGAAGAAGAAGAAGAAGAAGAAGAAGACGAAGAAGAAGAAGAAGCAGAAGAAGAAGAAGAGAUAAGAAAAAGGAAUGAGAAGACGAAAGAGUACAUGAACGGAUGAAUAAAUAAUCGAAUGAAUAAAUUGUUUAAUUAAUGAAGAAAAAUUAAUGAGAGCAAUGCUUUCGUGUACAACGUUCAAUUAUUGGAUAUUUGAAAGAAAUAAUUGCUGUACGUGUUUCAGUUUUGAGAAAUUAAGAAACUACUUUUAUUUUCAUCUUUCAAUUAAUCGUCGAUCGAACGAUCCACAGUGAUUGAUUGUUAUCGUUGAUUCGAAAAAAUUUUUUUUAUUUUUUUUCGAAAUUCAAUUCUUGGCCGCGUAACAACUGAACAGUGGGAAUGAUUUUUCGUGAUCACAAAUGACAAGCGUUGCUGUUGUUGUUACGAGUACAGAAGAAAAAGAAAAUGAUUGAAUAAAUUGCUAAGGAAAUAAAGGGAUCACCGAAUAAAAGAAAUCCGAAAGAACGUUACAAUUUUCACUCGUGAUUAAUAAUUGUGUACGUGGCUGUUGUAAUGUAUACAUAUAAAUUUCAUUCUUUUUGAGUUUUCAUUGUUAUUUUUGAAUGUUGUUAUUGUUGUUGUUGUUGUUUAAAAUCGCAAAGAAGAGAGAUACGCACGGGAGUAAUUUCGGAGGAAGAAUAAACUGGGUUUGAAACGGUGCGUUAUUCAUUGGUGAUGAUUUUUCGAGAUUGUGAGAAUUUAGAGGAGAGCUAAUUACCACGAAAAAUUGAAUGCCCAGGAGAGAAUAAAACCAUCAUUUUUCGAAAAAAUUGAAAUUUCAAAGCAUACGUCGGAUAACCGCCACUUGGAAGAGGAGUGUACUGUAUGUGCAAGGUGCAACGGGAAAUUUCACAUAUUUCGGUUGAAAAAGCAAGUUUUAACGGUGGACCCAAUUUUAGUGGACAUUAACAACUGACGGACUAAUAAACAUUCACGGACGGUACGUGAUAAAAGAUUAAUAAUAUUUAAUUGUUGUUUUUGUUGUUGUUGUUUGUUAUUGCGAAAUAUUGAAACGGCUCAUAAUUCGAAUACACCUAAACGAAAUAAGAUUUCAAUAAAUUUCGUGCAAGUUGGAAUGUGCAAGUUGACGAAACACCAACAAUAUCUUGAUAUUAUUCGGUGAUCAGUGCUAAAACAUAGAAAGGAAAAAAAAAAAAGUAGUGCGUUAACGUGAACCACUGGAUAGAUAUAAUAUAAGAAGACCUGAAGGCUCAUCAUACAAAUCCACUCUGGAUACCACGCUGCUUAUAUGUCCUCGCGGGGCCGUUGGAGGCUGCAGCACCCCCGGCAGUAGAGUGGAUCCCUGGUGGAGCCCUGGUCCCUAUUUUCCCCCAGGCCCCGCCCGCGUCGACGAGGGGCCCAGGUCGACCUCAUCAGCGACCUCGAUUCUCAAUUACGGGAGUCCCGCGGCCCCUGCAACAACAACAACAACCCCGAAUUCACCAGCCCCCUCGUACUCGCCGUCGACGUCGACACCCUGCACUCAUCACGUUGGGGGCGUUUCGUCGAAUUGCAGUACAUCGAGGAACGUUGUAUCGCCGUUGGACGUUGGAACGACUUCGACGAUCGGUUGCCACGUGAGGCAUCAGCAGCAUCAUCAGCAUCAGCAAAACGACUCGGAUGAUCAGAGGGAUACAAACGUUCCGGUAGUGUCGUCCGGAUAUCACCACGUUCCCGUAGCGACGGUGCAGCAGAAUAAUUCGUUGGCUGCACUGUUGGCGAAUACGUCGAACUCGUCGGCAAAUACGGGACUUCAUCAGCACGGUACGUCGUCGUCGUCGUCGUCGUUAUCGCCGCAACCACGUGACACAAUUUCGACGACACAGAGCAACAUUUUAUGCUCGUUAUUGACUUCGUCGAGCGGUCAUCACGACUUUCAAGGGAGCAACGUCGCCGAGGCGACGUCUCCUGAUUCGUUGCACGGCAUACUCUCAUCUCUCAACGUUAGAAUCAAGUCCGAGGAAGCACCCGAUUGCUUACCCGGGCAUCGUUCGGGGUCGACCGAAGGCGGGGGCUCUUGUAAUUCCGUCAGAGAUUUCAAUAAUUCACUUUUAAGCUCUCUGUUAUCAACGUCGAAAGUCUCGACGUCCGCGAUAUCGAGCAACAGCGACGUCUGCACCUCGAACAAUACGAAUUCCGCCACGGUGAAGUCGGAGUAUUCGGGUAUAAACGACGAGAGAACGAAUUGCGCGUCGGCCGUCAAGGUCGAAUACUGUUGCGACGUAUUGGAAGACCAAGAAGAAAAUUUGACGGCCACAUCGCCGUACAACGUUAUCACGACAUCGCAAAAUCGAUUGGCCAACAGAUCGAGAUCCGGACAUCAGUCGUCGGGGGUUCAUUUGUCCAAGGAAGACCUGAGGAGAAUCUUACAAUCGACGAAUUCGCGCUGCGACGAUUCCCCGUUGUCGGAAUCGGAUCUCAUAAACGACAUGAAGUACGAGACGCAACAGGCCGGUCCUCCGGGAGCUCCGCCGCAUCUCAGCGGACCGAAUUCGGGCGUCGAACAAUCCCACCACCCCGGACAGGGCAACAACAUCGUGGUCGGCGGUUCGCCGGCGGAGGUCGUCGGUGUGGACAGUCUGCUGUUGUCGGCGUGGGGCGCGACCGGUACGGAUUUUUUGGAAUCCGCUGACGUCAAGCAAACGGCGGCCGGUCUCCAGGACGCCUUGGACUCGUACCUGCUCGGCUCGUCGGUCGGCGUGGCCUCCCAAUCGCUGGCCGAAUUGAAACCGUUGCCACCGUUCACCGGGUACACCGGACACCUGAGCAUCAACGGGAUACCGGGUCACCACUAUCACGCGAUAGCGUCCUCCCAGAGACCGGGGCUGCAGUCGUCCUCGCCUACGCCGUCCUCGAAUCAGGAGUAUUACGAGUCGCCGGUAGUCUCGUCGAGUACGCCGUGUCCCCAGGGCAAUCCGAAGCAGCAGCUCCCCCAAUCCACGCAGCAGGAGGAUUACGACAUCGAGGACAUCGCGGCGAUCAUCGGCUCGGCGAUAGCCGACACCACCGUGCCCGGGGGAGGGAACGGUCCGGGUUCCGAAAACGAUCCGAACGCCUCGCGGGACACCUGGAUCGACUUGGACUGGAUAGACGCCGCGUGUUCGCCGAAAACGCAACAGCAACAGCAACAACAAGACGCGAACAACGCGUCGCCGAGUCCGUUCUCGCAGAUAUACGGGAACGCGAACGCCGCCAAUUCGUCGUCGCAAAGCCAAAACCAACACAGCGGAUCCACGUUGCACAGUAUUCUGACCCAACAGAAUUACGCGCCGCUUCUACACGCGAGACUUCAAGCUGGCAACAGUUUGGGCAAUUCGACGUCGUGCGGCGAAACGCCGUCGUCCACCAGUCCCUAUCCCCCCGUCAGUCCUCCGGGAAGGGUGUCCACCUCCUGCAGUCCCGAUCAUCUCCUUCAUUCCUCGUUCGCGGCACCCACGUUACCGAGGAAAAGAUGCAGACCGCCGACGGGGUCGCAGAAUUCGUCUAAAAAAAAUCCUUCCACCACCACGGGGCUGCCUUACGGCACGGAAUCCGGUCUCAUAGGUGGUAAAGAAAAACCGGUGCACAGGUGUUCCAUUUGUAACAGAGGAUUUCUCAAUAAAAGUAAUAUCAAAGUACAUCUGAGAACGCAUACAGGCGAGAAACCUUUCAGAUGCGAAGUUUGCGGUAAAGCGUUCAGGCAGAAGGCCCACUUGAUAAAACACCAACAGAUACACAAACGGAUCGGUAGAGAUUAGAAGAGAAAAACAACAACUGAUCACUCCUUUCGUUUUCCAAUUCUUUUUUCUUGUUUCUUCGUGAAAAUAACGAAACGAAAAUUGUGAAAGAAAUUACGAAAACUUUAACUAUCGAACGUCGCAAGGAUCGCGUAUGAAAUACAAUAGAAAAAAGGAUGACGUACUCGUUCUUUUUCAGUGAUCUAUCAUUGAUAACGAUAGUUUUCAAGGCACAUUUGAAUCGUAGGCACGAUUGCGUCGAGUUCGAUGAUCAGUCGGAGGUACGGAGAAUGUCAGGGAAAUAAAAUCAUCAAUCACCCGUAUAAUCUAACAUCUGCAAAAACGAUGUGUGCAUUCGAAAUUCCGUCGACAUAUAUUCUACGCAAAGUCAACACCGACGAAUAUCCGGAAUGUAAAAAUGAGGUGAGAAAAAACCACGAUCAAUCUGCAUUAUAUCUAUAAUGACGAUAAUGAUUAUGAUAGCGAUGACGGCUCGACGUGAAAGUCCAAUGAGAAGAAAUAAAAAUCUUAUAAAAAAUAAUAAUAAUAAAACGACAAAAUGGCGAACGAAUUGAUCUACGUGAUGUCUGUAGGUAGGUAAAUUUAAGUGAGAUCAAUUCCUGCUCGACUGCUGCGGAAAGAUCCGAACGAAUCGCGGUUUUAUUAGCCAAUGAGACGAGGUAUGAAGCCUUGUGGCUAUAGAGUUCCGGUUCGAUGUAUAUUAAAUAUAAAAAGUGAAAUUUUUCUUUUUUUUCUCUUUUACUUUUUAUUACUGUAUACAUGCUGCAAACGUUCAAUAUAACUGUCAGAGAAAUUGGAGGAAAAAAAAUGGAAAGAAAAAUCGUUCGGCGAUAUCAAAAACGCCAGGCGCGACGUUAUGGAAAUGAUUUUUUUUCUCUUUGUAGUGAGUAUACGGUACAUUGUGCGCGCAAUGUCAAAAGAAUCGAUUAAUCAAUUGAUUCGCGAGUAAAAUGAAAGAGUAAAGGAAACGUAAAAGUAUUUCGAAAAAUGAAUUGCAAUUGAAUAAAAACGGAAAUUAAAAAAAGGAUUUUCUCCUUGUGCAGACAGGAACUGCCACUAAUAAGAUAAUUAUCAUUCGAGUGUAAAUAUUGAAAGAAAGAUGAUAAUUAAAAAAGAAGUAUAUA